UCGGCGAGAGUAAGCAAACCGGGAAUUGUUUCGUAAAAAGGUUUGUUUUCCCUUUUUCCGGACCACACAAUUCAGUGGCAGAACAAUGUGGAAAGUGUUCCAGGAGGUGCGACCUAUUGUCUGUGGUUUAGCACGGGCCAAUGGCAGCACGAAUGCUACGCGCUUGUGUAGCUCCGCAGCAGAUGCAAACAGUGACGGUGAACCGUUCCUGGCCUACAAAAAGGAUCCGUCCGGCGUGUUCCUGCGCGAUGAUGUGCAGAAGCUACUGAAGUCCAUUAACCGGCUCGAGCUGGAUAAGGUGUUCCGCAAGCGCGCCGUGAAAGACAACACGAUCCAGUACCGGUUCAUGACCGACGCGCAGCUUCGCCAGGAACUCGUAAAGUCCAUCCAGCAGGCGGAACAAAUGCUACAGAUGCCACCGGUCGUGCAGGCUCAGGACGACAGUUGCCGCGUGAUUUCGAAAGACGGUGCCCUCAAAUCGCUCGCUAACUCGAAGUUUGUGUUCACCGACAUUACGUACGGGCUGAAGGACAGUCAGCGGACAAUCGUCGUACGGCACCCGGACGGGACGCUACAGGAAGCACCGUACGAAAUGAGAAAACGCCUUAACCAGAUCUACUUCCCGCUGGCCGGCCGCUCCAUCCAUACACCGCCCAUGUUCGAGGAUCCGCACCUGCAGCGGUUGCUCGAGGACGGAAAGUACGAGUUUGUGCUGGACCGGGCGUGCAUUCAGUACGAACCGUUCGAGCCCCAGUACCACCAGCUGACGGCGCGCGUCUAUCAGCACGUGAACGACACCAAAUCCUUCGACGCACUCCGAUCGACGCGACACUUUGGGCCGUUUGUGUUUUUCCUGUCGUGGCACAAACUGAUCGACGAUUUGCUGCUCGACAUGAUCAAGCGAGACUUUCUGCGGAACGGCGUCGAGCUAAUUGCCCUUUACUCGACGCUGCACACAGUCGGUGGGGCCGCCGAACACGCCGUCGUUCGCGAUGCCUCCGAAAUGCCCGCCCUGUUCGAUGCGGAUGCGGAUAAGUCCGUCGAGGAACUGGAGCAAGAUGUGCAAUUAAUCGGGACCAUCGAGCGGUACGUGACGGAGCACGGCACCAAGAAGGUGCAGCUGAAUCUGGCCAUCCAAGCGUACCGGGAAAUUGUGACCGAUAAGCUCGAGCUCGCCCGUGGCAUCAAGCGGAUGCAUGGCGAAAGUUGAAUCGACCGGCCGAAUAGACAGUAACGUAGCGGUAUAAGAGAGAGACAGAGCAAUAAAGG